CCGCCCACUUCCGGCCUUUCAGGGCCGCAAUCACUGCUCUGCAGUCUCCGCUUUCAUUCCUCGUGCCCUCUUUCUGGAGUCGCGGCUCUCCUUCUGCCCGCCCCCAUACUGACGCUCAGUCCUCUGAGGCGUCUAGGGCAGUCCCUGCGAGGGGCUUGCUUCGCGCUCGCCAAGCGCUCAGCGUGUUCUAUAGGGCCUCCGCCCCGACCCCGCCCCGCGUCCCCUCUUCCCGUCUCCCGCCUCCGGAGGCCGCCUUCUCGGCCCCGCCCUUGUCCCUUCACUGUCUACGAGGCGGUCCCACCCCGUGCCCCGCGCCCCUCCCGUUAGUGCAGCCCUCCCGCUUUCCCGCCGCCGUCGCCAAGACCAGCAGCUCGGGGCCGGGCUGACACCGCCGCUUCGCCUCACCCCCGCCCUCGACCAUGGCAUCCUCCGAAGUGGCGCGGCACUUGCUCUUUCAGUCUCACAUGGCAACGAAAACAACUUGUAUGUCUUCACAAGAAUCUGAUGAUGAACAGAGAAAAAGAGAAAACAUUCGUUCCUUGACUAUGUCUGGCCAUGUUGGUUUUGAGAGUUUGCCUGAUCAGCUGGUGAACAGAUCCAUUCAGCAAGGUUUCUGCUUUAAUAUUCUCUGCGUUGGGGAAACUGGAAUUGGAAAAUCAACACUGAUUGACACAUUGUUUAAUACUAAUUUUAAAGACCAUGAAUCCUCACAUUUUUGCCCAAAUGUUAAACUUAAAGCUCAGACAUAUGAACUCCAGGAAAGUAAUGUUCGAUUGAAAUUGACCAUUGUGAAUACAGUGGGAUUUGGUGACCAAAUAAAUAAAGAAGAGAGCUACCAACCAAUAGUUGACUACAUAGAUGCUCAGUUUGAGGCCUAUCUCCAAGAAGAACUGAAGAUUAAGCGUUCUCUCUUUACCUACCACGAUUCUCGCAUCCAUGUGUGCCUCUACUUCAUUUCACCGACAGGCCACUCUCUGAAGACACUUGAUCUCUUAACCAUGAAGAACCUUGACAGCAAGGUAAACAUUAUACCAGUGAUUGCCAAAGCAGAUACGGUUUCUAAAACUGAAUUACAGAAGUUUAAGAUCAAGCUCAUGAGUGAAUUGGUCAGCAAUGGCGUCCAGAUAUACCAGUUCCCAACAGAUGAUGACACUAUUGCUAAGAUCAAUGCUGCGAUGAAUGGACAGUUGCCGUUUGCUGUUGUGGGAAGUAUGGAUGAGGUGAAAGUUGGAAACAAGAUGGUCAAAGCUCGCCAGUACCCUUGGGGUGUUGUACAAGUGGAAAAUGAAAACCACUGUGACUUUGUAAAGCUGCGGGAAAUGCUCAUUUCUACAAACAUGGAGGACCUGCGAGAACAGACCCAUACCAGGCACUAUGAGCUUUAUAGGCGCUGCAAACUGGAGGAAAUGGGCUUUACAGAUGUGGGCCCAGAGAACAAGCCGGUCAGUCUUCAAGAGACCUAUGAAGCCAAAAGACAUGAGUUUCAUGGUGAGCGUCAGAGGAAGGAAGAAGAAAUGAAGCAAAUGUUUGUGCAGCGAGUAAAGGAGAAAGAAGCCAUAUUGAAAGAAGCUGAGAGAGAGCUACAAGCCAAAUUUGAGCACCUUAAGAGACUUCACCAAGAAGAGAGAAUGAAGCUCGAAGAAAAGAGAAGACUUUUGGAAGAAGAAAUAAUUGCUUUCUCUAAAAAGAAAGCUACCUCUGAGACAUCCCACAACCAGUCCUUUCUGGCAACAGGCAGCAAUCUGAGGAAGGACAAGGACCGUAAGAAGGAACAAAGCUGUCGAUUCGAACUCCUGUGUGUUGAUGUCAGAGCUUGUGAAGCCAAUGAUGGACGUAAAGAUGCAGAGAAAGCUCCAAUUUUUUGUAAAACAGAAGUUCCAGAGCACAGAAGGUCAUCAUCACAAGCAAACUUCAUUAAAAAAAAGCAACUAGAAGUGUGCUUUGAUUUUGUUGUUUUUAUUUGCUUUGUCACUUCGUCUAUAUUUGGCGAACAGCCACAGUUACUGUAUUUAUGGAAAAGUACCUUCAAGCACAAGGUCAAUAUGUAAGCCAGAGUGAAUUAUAUUAUGAGUUGAACAUAAUUAUGAGUUGAACAUCUCUAAUUCAAAAAUCUGAAAUCCAAAAGCUUCAAAAAUCUAAAUCUUUUUGAGCACUGACUUGACCCUACCUGACACCUUUGCUUUCUUAUGCUUUAAACAGAUUUUGUUUCUUGCACAAAAUUACAAAAAAUGUUGUAUAACUUACUUUCAGGCUAUAUGUAUAAGGUGUAUGUGAAACAUAAAUGAAUUAUGUAAUUCGAGCCAGGUCCCAUUGUGUAUAUGCAGAUAUUCUAGAAACUGAAAUCUGAAACAUUUCUGAUGGCUGGCAUUUUGGAUAAGGGAUACUUAGCUUGUACCUAUAUAUUCACUGUCGUUAGAAAUUUUUAAGUUGCUGUUUUGUGAUGACUAAAUCUUUUCUCUUGCUACCAAGCUAUUGUCACUGCAGUGCAUUAUACCAAAGAGCACAGUGUCAGUGCCAUUGAAAAUAUAGAACCCAUUCAUAUUGGGGCUGUCUCAUUGCAUUUAUAGUCCAAGAUGAACCUUUUUUAUAUAUACUAAAUAUUUUGGGGAAUUCUGUUUUGGAGUAUAUUAUAGAGCUAAAACUCUAACCUCUUAAUAGUUUUAUAGAACUAAAAUUUUUGAUACAGUUACCCUAUUUGGUGAUACCCUCUUAAGCUUUUGUGUCAAAUUAAACAUAUUACUUCAUGCUUCAGGAUGCCUUAUUGUGGCUGAUGUAUUACUGCUGUGAAACAAAAUAUCUUUAAAAGUUAAAACAUCCAACUAUAUUAACUCUUUUUUUCCUGAGAAAGUACCUUUGAACAUGGGUGUAUCACAGUUUUCAUUAGGAAAACAUUUCAUUACAUACUUGUUUAAACUCUGCCUUCCAGGGGAAAAAUAAUAAGGUUGAAUCAUUUUAUUAAAAAUAUUUUUUAAAAACAUAUGAACAUCUGAAUAUUAAACAUAUAAAAAUGCAGAUUAAUUCAUAUUUUAUGUGAUGUUUGCAUUUAGUGCCUUACUAUUCUCAAUACUUUAAUGAUUUCUAACAUUUAACAUUCAUAAAUUUUCAUUUUUUGUACUUGAAUAUUCUAAAUAAAACUGACAUUUACUCUUGACAAAUAAAACAUAUCUAUAUAUUUACUAAAAUGUGUUUAAUUUUCCUUUUUGAAAACUUAUUUUAAAAAUAAUCACAUUUUUUAAUUAUUUUGAAGAUGAGGUAUUUUAUGAAUAUUUUCAGACAAAACUUAUUAGUCUGUGUCAGAUUGUGAGCAAUCAAAGUCAUCUAAGUUGUAAAUAAAGCCUUGCAUAGCACAA